CUGCGGCUUGUCCCCAUGUGGUAACGCGCCAUUUUGAAUUUUUUAUUUACGUUUCUUUGUUACAACAUGGCGGAUGCAUCGUAACUGCCUGUUUAGACACAAGUAUAGGUUUUGGCUUCAAGGAGAUUGUUGUUUUGCUCGAAUGGUUUUAUAAACCAACUAGUAUUUGCGGAAAAGAGGAAUAGCUAAUUGUACAUAUAUAAGUACUGAAUUUUCUUUAUAAGUUCGUGAUGUUUUCAUUGUCCUAACAUGGAUGUUAUAUCGCUGUUUUGCAACGGAAAGAGUGCUGGUCAAUGCAUAAUAUGUAAAUGCAUUUCCAUUAUCGUUUAUGCAAAUUUAAAACGGUUUUUAUUGCAACAUGUUGGUGGCAUACUUCUUCGGUAAUUUAUUCAGCUAUUUUAGUUACCCGACAUUAAAAUUAUGAAGAUGAAUGAAGCAAAAAUCAGGAUCCGCGAAGAAGAGCUUCUGAAGCUUGUGCUUGACUUCCUAAAAUCCCGAAAUCUAUUUGUAUCUAUGCGUACAUUGGAAAAAGAGAGCGGUGUUGUUAACAGCCCCUACACAGACGACAUACUGUUCCUAAGGGAACUCAUUCUUGAUGGUGACUGGGACGAAGUUUUGAUGUUUGCGCAGCCGUUUGAUGGGUUGGCCGACUUUAAUGCCAAACAGUUCAAGUAUUUGAUACUGAAACAGAAAUUUCUCGAACUGUUAUCGCUAAAGUCUCAUGUUGUUGGGAGACAGGGUACAAACUCUAUUGAAGAAGUCAUGAAGACAUUGAAAUUACUGGAGGAGACCUGCCCCUCAAAAGAAGAAUACAGCAAUCUGUGUUGGUUGCUUACUGUGCCAAAUUUGAGUGAGAGGAGUGAGUUCAAGGACUGGACCCUAGACAAUUCACGACUAAAAUGCUUCAAUGCUGUUUUAGAGGUAAUAGGCAAGGUUUUAAGACCACAUAAAAGAGCCAAAAAACAAAACAGCAUGGCAAGUAAAGACAGACUUCUGCAGCUUAUUGUUAAAGGGUUGUUUUAUGAGACAUCUAUAGAAUAUUGUCAAGGAAAAGCAACUUCUCCCAAUUUCAAUGGCUCAAGUGAGUUGUCUGUAAGAACAAAUUUAUUACAGGGAAUAGCAGAUGAUUACUCUGCCAAUCUGCUUUCAUGGAUCAAAAGUUUAAAAAAUGAUGUAUUUACUCAACCAUUUGAACAAGUUUCAGUUGAGAUUGUACUUGAAAAGAGUUCCAAAGCUGAGAAGAACUUGAGGCACAGUAUUGAUGUUCCUAAAAAGACAAAAAAUGAUGAAGAUAUAGUUUUCAGAAGUUUGGUCAGUCUUGACUUAGAAAAUAGGCAGAAUGGGGUGUCAAAGUUAUUAAGGCAGUCCCCUUCUACCUCUACUCAUUUUCCACAAUAUCCAAGCAGUGGUCUCCAACUUCAAAGGAAAGUAGAUUACCAAAAUAAAACUGAUAAGACAACAUCCGAUAAGGAUGUGACUGAAAAAACUGAACCAGAUCUUAUGUUUGUGUUACAAGGUUCUAAGAAUGUUCCAGAUAAUCAGCCUAGAAACGGUAGUAAAGAGUUUUGUUUUUCACAAAGAGACAAAAAUAAAGAAAUUGGUGGUAGUCAAGAGCAAGAUGCUGCCUUUGGGAAGAAAUUUGAUGCUAUUUCAAUGAUGAAAAAUGAAACUGAUCUUUUGAAAAAUAGCAUCUUAAGCAAAGAAAGGACACUGUCAGUUGAAAAAGCUGUUGAAGAAGAAUCUUUUAAAAGGACUCAAGAAUCAACAGAGGAUGACCUCCACAAAAAGGAAGAGAAGAAAAGAAGAGAAUCUGUAAUGAAGAAACUUGAGGAAUAUGAAAACAGGAAGAAGAAAAUGCAGAUGCAACUAGAACAAAUGAGUCAAGGUCUCACGAAAAGUGAUGCAGUUUUUGAUGAAAAGGGACCUGAAGCCCCACCUGUUGUCAAAGCAGAAGAUCCAUUACAAGAAAAAGAAUUGUCUUUGCACCGACAUUAUGUUGCUGCAAAAGACUUUGUCACAGACUACAAUACUGCUGUCAAAGAAGAAAAACCAGAAUCUUCCAUGAAAAAACUUUCAGGUGAAGAGGUUACUGAUGAAACAUAUAAGACUAAAGAUAUUUUGCAGAAACCACUACUUCAGUCAAGAAAUGAUAAGCAGUUAAUUGUAAAGGUGGAAAGUAAUUCACAAAACAAUGUCAAGUCCCCAGAAGAGGAGAAAAUCAAGCCAGCUACCAUUGAAUCUAAAACACCAAAAAAUAUUGGGUAUGUUGUCAGCCUUUCGGAUGGAUCUGGAAAAAUAAGCACAAGUACACCAAAGGCAAAGAAACGCAGCAAAACAGAGACACCCCCACUUGGGGCAUCUCCAGUGAAGCCAUUAGUUACUGGCCAUAACACACCAAAAGCCGUACCAAAAAAGAGCAUUCGCACAGAUACCAAUCAAUCUCGUCUGAUGAAAGAUAUGCCUGGAGAUGAGCAUGAAGCUGGUCAAAUAGCUGUCAAAGAAGCCCAUAUGGAAGGAGAUGUUUCUUUCGAGGGAAAAGAAAAUGCUCCAGGAGAUGGCGACUUUUCAAGAAAGGGGCCGAUGAUAAACGGUGUAAGGAGAACCUUAGCAAACCAGCCACAGCCCGCAGCAGAACCCAUAGAGGCCUUACAAACGAAGCGCAGUGAUCAGAAGAGUGUUAUAUCAAAGGCCCCCGGAAACACGAAGUCAAAAACAGAUGGUAUAAUUACACAUUAUUUCUAUAAGAGGUGUUCCUAUACCACGAAUGGAAAAGAAAAUGCUCCAGGAGAUGGCGACUUUUCAAGAAAGGGGCCGAUGAUAAACGGUGUAAGGAGAACCUUAGCAAACCAGCCACAGCCCGCAGCAGAACCCAUAGAGGCCUUACAAACGAAGCGCAGUGAUCAGAAGAGUGUUAUAUCAAAGGCCCCCGGAAACACGAAGUCAAAAACAGAUGGCGAUAAUACUGCGAAGGCAUUGGAAUCAAAGGGUCAGGAAACAAAGCCACUUAUGAAGCAAACCGAAAUUGUACCCCCUAACAAGGGGCCAGGUCCCAAAAUCAAGAUGCGUGAUGGGACAAAAGUUUUAGUAACAGAAUUGCUAAAAAGUAGAGAAGAGAUAAAGAACGCUACAGCAAAUAACCAAAAAUGCGACACGGUAGACCAGGAAGAAAGCGCGCAGACGACAUGCAAUAAAGAAGAUGUGGAACUUAGGGAAUCUAAUACAACACUCCAGUUUUCACCAGUUUCCGUUUUAGAAGAUGCACAGGCCAUCAGAGCUGUCUGUUUUCAUCCAGAUGGCAAACUUUUUGCAGUUGGGUCAAAUUCAAAGAUUCUUAGAAUAUGCACAGCUAAAACCUUCCAACCGGUUAUUUCUAACGAAAGCGAGGGUGUUCCCCAACCUUCCACCGUUUUCAAGAGAAACAAGUACCACAAAGGUUCAAUAUACUGUGUUACAUGGAAUCCACUGGGUGACAUCAUUGCUACUGGUUCUAACGAUAAAAGCAUCAAAAUAUUGCGGUUUGAUCCCGACAACUGUGUCCAGGAUGGCAGUGAGAGCGAGCUUAAUAUCCAUAAUGGUACUGUUAGAGAGCUGUCCUUUGCACCUGACAAGCCAGCCAUACUGAUUUCUGGUGGAGCAGGCGAUGGUGCUGUGCAAAUAACCGACUGCGCAACAUGUCAGACUAUUGGCUCGCUUCGAGGGCAUACCGGCAACGUGAUGUCAGUUUUUGCAGGUGAUGGUGAUAUCGUUGCCACUGGUUCAACUGACAAUACCCUUAGGUUAUGGGACCUCAGAUCACACAGAUGUAUCGAUGUUAUUUUGGUUGGAGACAGUAGCCCGGCAUCCGUGGCACUAAGCUGUAACGGAUCAUACCUAGCAUCAGGGCAAGAAGAUGGUUGCAUCCUCCUUUACGAUAUAUCCGCGGGACGGACAUUACAGUCUUUUAGACUGCAUCAAGAAGAUUGCAGGAGCGUUCGAUUUUCACCCGACUCCAAGUACUUACUCACAGGCUCGUACGAUACAGAUGUUUCUAUAUUACACACUGAAGGUGAUUUAGAGUCGAUCGUGCCUCGGCAUUACAAGGUUGCUUGCCACAAGGAUAAAGUAAUACAAUGCCGAUGGCAUCCAAAUAGGUAUGCGUUCUUAAGUUCAAGCGCAGACAGGACAGCUGUUCUCUGGAGCUCAGGCCAGAAAAGAAACCUAUUUUUUUCGUGACUGCCCUUUACACAAGACUAAACAAGACAAACAACAACAACGAAACGACUUUUAAUGAAAUGACGGCCUACUAGAAACAUAUUUUUGUGUGUCCUAAAAGUCCAUUCAUUGGUCUUGUGUUCAUUUGCACGCUAGUCCCCAGAGAUCUUUUCAAUUCCGAAAGCUCAAAUUUGUCGUUAGAAAGCUAAUAUGUUUAGAGUAAAUGUUUCAAUUGAAAUUAUUGCAAAUAGUUUUAUAAAGUUAGGUUCCUGUCAAGUAGACCGGUAUUGUGUUUAGAUAAAAAUACCCUUGUCUUUUCAUCGAAACAAUAUAAUAUUGUUUCGCAUGACUAUUGUUUAUCGAAUCGAUUUGAUUACAGUAUGGUUGAAAGAGUUUUUCAGGUGUUUCCUUCUUGUUGGGUAGUCUUUGCAACUAUAUAGUGUGAGAAGCUGUCAAUUGAUACCAAUAAAUAGAUUGCUAUUUUAUAGCUUUGAAGAUAAACAAAUGAGAAGUGUUGUACCACUAUAUUCUCCCAAUUUAUAUAAUGCCAAUCAAACCUCGAAGUAUUUAAGUAGGUCGCUUUGAAACUUUGAGCAGUCGCCAUUUAACUUUGUCAUGUUGCAAUGAUCUUGUUUUGAUAGAUAAACUUACUUCCGUAACAAAAUGGAUACUCUGCUGUGAAUAGGGCAAUGUUUAAAGUUAAAGUACUAUGAGCGAAAGUGCUCAUGGGUAGAGCAAUGUUAGAAGGUAAAGUUCCGUGAGCGAAAUUUCUCAUUGGUAGAGCAAUAUCUUCAAGGGAUCCAUAAUGCAGCUUUUCAUUUCAAAGGUAAUGGGUGUGAUGUAAACGUCGUUCCCGGUUGGUGGGCUUUGUCGGUGUAAAAAGUAAGUAAAUUCUUCCCCCGCUUACACUGACCAACUUACACUGACGUUCUGACUUAGUAGCGUGCUGGGCAGAGUACCUGGCAAUAGAGCUCCAUAAUGGAGCAACGUCAUACAGAAAAAAUUUGUGAACAGAGUUUUUUACUCUGACCACCUGAUACGAGAGAAUGCCAUGAAAUACCUCUACAAAUUCAAACCAAUUAAAGCUGGUGCAAUUAACUGAGACAUAGCAAGCGGCCUGGUUCAUGAGCCUGUGCUCAUGUAGCCACCAUAUCUCAGCCAAUUUUAAACACAUUUACGUUUUAGAUACAUGUUUAUGGUCUGUUCAAAAUUAUCCAACCUUCUAGCAAAUGCAAGGUGCGAUCCAACCAUCUUAUACAAAGCUUUUUUUGAAUUGUUUUAUAAUGAUUAAAUGCUCUUGCGCAACCAGCAUGCUUUGCGACAAUAUUUUCAAAACCGGCCUAAUGUCGUACUGCAUGAAAAUUCAAAACACAAUCAAUUUCUCAAGAUAGCUGCCGCUAAGCAUGCCGGUUGCGCAAGGGCCUUUAAGUUGUUCUCUUGAAAAAUUCUUAAAACAGAUUUAUGGCAUCGUAGCUUUGAAACUCUAAAGCAAUAUACGAGAGACGAACAAUACACAAGAUGCAGUCAUUGUCUGUUUCUGUGCUUAGUCAGUUCGUACUCCUUGAGUGGUUAAUGCUUUACCUAUCUCUCUCUCUCUCUUUCUCUCUCUCCCCUCCUCUCUCUUUCUGGUAGUUGAUCUACCAUCCAUUUGCUUACACUUCUCAAAUAGGUCAUCCGUUGUCUGCCCCUGCUCCGUUUUCCUUCGAUUCUUCCUAUAUGGGCACUUAAAAGACAAUCCCCUUUUCGUAAUAUUGACGGCCACAUUUUAGGGGGCUUUCAGAAUUCAGUGUUAUUCUUGAUGACAGAACAUUACUAAUAACAGCGAGUAAUGUUUUCUUUUAAAAAUUUUGAUUUGUUAAGAAUCUCUUGUGUGAAAUCUAAGAUGGAUAUCCGCGAGAAAUAUACAAUACCAAAGUGCCCAGGUACGUACUUUUAUGUGUUUAGGACGUGAUCGGUCGGGCCAUGAGCUCAAAAACUAUUGAGGUGUCGUCUCUAGGUAUUUUUGGAUCUCAAAUGUUUUUUGAUGUAUCAAAUAUAUAGGUUGUAUUUCAGUCUCGUGUUUUAUGAUCUGCACUGUACGAUCUUUGAUUUUCUGGCAGCAGCCCUUCAACGAGAUACUUGUUGCAUCAUAUAGCGGAAGAGAACAGUGGAAUGAUAAAUAUUUUGAUAAAAUUUUCUUCUUUAAAUUUCCCCCUUUAUUUCGUUAGGCACCUGCUUGUCUAAAAUAGUCCACCUAGUUGGAGAAAAUACAAUUGGAAUAUAAUCUUUAUAAAUGAUUUUUAAAAGAGGCUUUAUGAUAGGUACAGCUUAUUGAUAAAGGAAAUGAAUAUAUUAAAGAAAAGACUGGAAUAGAUAAAGCCAAAACCAAGCCAAGCCAAGACUUAACAGAUAAAGCCAAGACUUAACAGUGCACUGUUAUUAUCACGAGUUUUACUUGUUUCUUUCACUAUAGUACUGUGGUGUAAUGUUUACCACACAUUUUGAGCAAAAUAUUUUACUAUUCUCGAGCACGAGAUGUGUACCAGGCAUCUUGUUUUCAAACAGCUUUCCGGGGGCUGUAAAUGCAUUGAUUAACAGAUGCUCCAAUAGCUAUUUUCAAUGAAGAUUCGUAUUCAACUAUUUUUACGACUUUUUUACUGUACCAUUGAUGGGCAUCAACUAAACUGUCCCAGUUUGUUCGGAUCCAUGUUAAUAAGUAGUAGCAGAUUAAUUUAUGUAUUAAGUAAAUUAUGCAGUAGGCCUGGUAUUUAAUUAUGCAGGACUUAACGACCCUUGCCCCAUCUUCGAACAACGGGAUUUACUCCUUUAUUAUUAAUCUACACAAGGCAAGUCAGGUAGGGUCAUUGUUCACUACGCGAUAGUAUUCAGUGAAAAUCGUCCUAAGUUGAGUCUUUGUUGUUUUGUAAACAUCAUUCAAGUCUGGUCAAGUUUGAAAUAUGGACAUGAAUCUGAUGGCUUUAUUUUGUCAUAAAUUUGAGAAUUUUUUUUUAAAUUUACAUUUAUUUCUCUUUUGUUACCCACAGUACCUAAUCUUUGGAGAGGCCCCUGUCCAAUAUUGAUUUUAAUAAAAUAUUGUAUGUUCUGAAAAUUAAAAGUUCACAUUUUCUAGUGUUUCACGAACCCUUUAAAAACCCGUCAUGAUAAGACAAGCGAUUUAAAUAGUAAUAAGCAAAUAUAUUAUAACCAUGCGUAGCAUGAGAAUUGUAAGGCAAAGGCCCUUAGGUUUUCUAUAAUUUACUUAUUGCUCGUAAUUGUUUUCUCUCAAAUCAAGAAUUAUUGGGCUUUGCCCUUUGUAAACUUGUAUAUAUUCAAUAUAAAAGGUCUGUGAACAGAUCCUUGAGGAAAUCCUAGAAAAGUCUCCCAUCAUAUGCAGAUUAAACCUAUAUUCUAUGUUCGCUAUCGAGACAACGAAGUAACGCACAGUCCAAAAGCUGAUUUCACAAUUAACUAUUCGGGGCUAUGCAAUCAAACACUUUUGAAUGAUCCACCGUAUAUUCAAUUCUUUCUAGUUCUUAAAUAUUGAUUGGAGAGUACAUGUAUUCAUCAAUUGAUCCUUCAGGUUUUUAAAUAUUUUUAUUAAUCUCAGUUUAAAUGGUAUUGGUUUUACCAAACCAAACAAUUAGACUCCCGUGCAAAGUCAGGGAGCAUGAUGUUUUUUUAGAUUAUUUAUGGUUAGAUUAAAAUUAUUAAAGAAAACCCGAAAUUUCUUUUUGAACAUUUUGCGCAAUCUGCAAAUGCGAUUGUUUUAUAUUUCCUAAUUUAUUCUUCUCAGAAAGACUGUUUUCUUCUUUCAUUUUCAUUCUCAGUAUCUAUAAUUUUAACCUCUCUAUUCAAUGUAUUAUGUGCGAUAUGCCGCAGUGUUUACAUUUUACGCUUUAAAUUUACUCGUUUUUUGAAGAACGUCACUAUGGUUUUCAAUAAAUUUUUUCCACGUGAACAUAACUUUCAGGGAAGGGCCAAGAUAAGGUAAAUGUAGGGGGGGCUUUGAUCCUCGCUAUUAUAUAGAACAUAACGGUUCUCGUAUUUACCUUUUGCAAAUUAGUGUAUCUUGAAAAAAUUGUGGGAGGACUCAAGCCCCCUAGCCCCUCCCCUCCCUUGCUUUAAAGUGUUCAUCAACAAUCAAAGAUUGCGACAACGAUUUGUUACAAUUAGCGCGUAAGACAUGGUAAAACCAAGUAAACCUAAUUAUGAGCGGCCAUUUGUCCAGAAAACCAGUUAAUUUGUUAUUUUUUUAUUCAUUCGUGUUUCAUAUUCGGCAGAAUCGCUAUCUUUUCUUUUAGCUUUCUUUUAUGAGGUUUUCUGGCUUCCUCCAGUAAAGGAAAAGCUCCUGAAAUUUUGUUCAUCAUAUUGCUGGAAAUGUCCGCAGUUCUCCACAGAGGCGUAGCUAGCGGUGAGUGUAGGGAGAUUUGUCACUGCCCGAUUCCUUUAUGUGUAAGUAAGUCGGUAAAUCGCCCAUUGGCAGGUGCAAGAGCACUUCAAUUUUUCUGCAUCCAUGUCUUCGUUGGUUUAUUGUACUCCUGGUGACCCUCCUACCCCCGAGUCUGUAUGGUAGAGCUACGCCGCUGGUUCUCCGUUCACAGGCACUGUGGAGCAGGGGGACUGGGGGCUUUAGCCAAAAGCGUGGAGAGUUAAGAAAUAGACCACAAGUCAAGCCUCUUUAAUUCGGUUCUAGCGAUCUUUUGUUUUGCCCCUGACAUACGCAACAGCUUUUUCAGAAAGGCACUAAAACUAGCUUAGAAUCAGUUUUCUUCGUCGUUCUCGACCGCAUGAUCAUAUGGGCUCUGUUGUGGGUUCUUACGGGCUUUCAUAGUCUUUUAUUAUGUUUUCUGCAGCUUCUCUUUCACCACUUUACAAAUAAGAAUGAUCUUAUCUUGGUUGUAUGACACAGACGUCAUAAAGUGCGAUGUAUGUAUAGCUGAAGCACAAUCUUUAAACCACGAGUCUGACCACACGAUUAGAACGAUAACUAUUUCACGCUUCCUUUGUUAUUAACUUGGAUUUGUUAUUAACCGUGGACCUUGCUAUGCAGAAUUCAGAGAGACAACCUCCUUUUAUGUCAACAAAAUUUUAAUAUAUAUUCAUAACCAAAAUCACUUUUACAUCACCGCGUGUUCCAAUCUCUCCACUCACUACUCCCAGAUAAUCCGAUUUAUUGCUGACGUGCUGGGUUGUAAUUCUCUGCGCACGCUGCUGCGCAGUACCAUAUGACGCAAACCUUACUUUACAACAUCUUUGCCUAACCAUUUGAAUUUAGAUUUAAAUUAAAUUUUUACUGUGUAGCCGUAGUCGAGGCUCGUAAGAGAAUACUUCAUGUGGCUUACUCUCAGAAAGAUCUAUUACAGAAUAACAAAACAUACAGCACAGCGGAAUAUAAGCGAAUAUAUUCUAACAAGCAAUUGUACAGUAACGGGGGUAUAACCCUACAACUGUCAAACUUAAAUGCAGUAGUGUGUUGAUACUGAAAUUUUGCCGCAGUAUAAUUGGUUCUAGUAUGUGGCCCAGAUAGAAACAAUGAAAGAAAUAAAGUUGUUUCGUUUUACUUCGUAAACAUGACCUGGAGGGCCGCGGCCCCUCUCAAAAACCUAUAGAUGCGAAAUAUUCCUUCAAAUAUCCUGUGCAUUUUGUGAGAUGUGUUUGAAUAACAUUAGGAUAUCGAUAUGAAAUAAAGCAUUAGGCCAUGUAAAAUGAAUUAGUUGAUACUCAUCAGAAUUUCGCAGAAAAAAUCAGUCUCUACUUUUGCAAAGAUUCUUGAGAGAGUUACCCAAACCUAUACGGCUUCCUCAUAUCCAAAAAAUCGUUAAUAUCAAUUUAUUCAACUCUCUGUAAAGUCAAUUCGAAAGCCCUAUUGAAUGUUGGUUUGUAUCCUAUCCUGGAAAGUAUCGAGAAGUUACUUCAAGAAUCCCGCAAGGAUCGUUCUUAGGUCCACUUCUUUUUAUACCUUUUUUGCUUCUAAUAUCCCGAAAAAUAUUUGUCCUCUUUUCCAGCUGUUCAGUACCUGUAAAGUUUUUAUCAUUUGCGUUAUGCAAAUUCUAAAGCGCAAAAUAGAUUAUUUACAGAACCUUAAAAAAGAGCCAUUUUCAUCAUUAGAAAAGUUAAGCAGAAAGAUCAUUGGUCAAUCAAAUAUUGAACAUUAAUAGCUUAAUAUCGAUCGACAGAUGCAGUGUGGUUAGAAACAUGUGUUGUUUUUAUAGUCAUCAUAGGCGUAGACGUAGCAUUUUUUUCAGGGGGGGGGGGGGGGCUCAAAAAAUUAAUGACAAUUCCUAAUGGCAGCUGCUGGAGUCACAGGAUAGAAAAUGGAUUAGCUAAGGGCUUAAAGGUGUUUUUUUCGUGCAUUUUUCAUUAUCGAGGAAGAAGAAACACACAUGAGAUGUUGGAAAGUGUAUUUUUAAAUCAUAAUCAUCUUCUUUAGGUUGAGAUCAUCAGUUCUAUUUAGGCACACAAAAUGUUUAUGCGUGGAACCAGUAAUAUAACAAACUAAUCUAAAAGUUGGUGAAGCAGUUUUCAUCAGGUUUUCCGCAGGAGGGGCUGAAGCCCCAGAGCCCCCCCCCCCCUAAGUUUACGCCUAUGAUAGUCAUCUAUCUAGUUUAUCCUUCUGGAGGAAUGUCACAAAUGUUGGUUUCUGCCUUGGAUUCAAAGUUUUCCGUGGGAGUAUCCCCCUGGGUACCUCUAGUAUAGUGGGUCUUGGGGACAUGUCUGUUAGUGUGACCCUAAGUAUUCUCUCUCCAAGAAAAAGACUUUAAAAUAAUAUUUUGUUUUGUUCCAUGUAGGAUUAGAAUUUCUUUAAUCGCUCCCAAGAAACAAGUUAAGCGAAAAUGGUAAAUGUUGCAUCUGGUGUCAUGACAUUCCCCUCUAGAGUUCCAAAUGACCACCACGCUCCAAAGAUUUCCCGACAUAAAUCCCCCCAUUUUACCACAGCGCGGAGGUUUAUUAAACAAACGUUUUCUGCAUCCAUUAUCAUUUUGUUUAUCUGCUCAGAUUGAUUUUGAAGAGUCGGUUCAUUUUGUAUCGGAGUUAGUCCAACAUGUCUUGACAUCUCAUCCUUAUAAAAAUUAUUUUAAAUUGAGCACCUGUGCUUGGAGAAGAAUCCUUAUGAACACUGGGAAACUCCUUACCUUAAGCCAAUUUAAAAAAGAACUAAAAUAACAUUUGUUGAGACGAGAACAUCAAACAUCAAACAUCAAACAUGAUGCCUUGGAAGAUCAGCAGUAGCUUCGACUUUUAUGUUCGAAUAAUAUAAUUGGACAGCUCCGGAUCUGGCUCCGGGUCUGGCUCCGGAUCUGGCUCCGGGUCUGGCUCCGGAUCUGGCUCCGGGUCUGGCUCCGGAUCUGGCUCCGGAUCUAGCUCCGGGUCUGGCUCCGGAUCUGGCUCCGGAUCUGGCUCCGGAUCUGGCUCCGGGUUUCGGCAUAGCAGGCAGUUGCUUGCCGUGUAGUCAAAGAUUUGGUGGUUCAUUCGUACAUCACCUUGUGGAACAGACUUGUAGUCAUGGACAAUGCUGGCUCCGGGUCUGGCUCUUGAUCUGGCUCAGGGUCUUUCUCCGAGUCUUGCUCCGGGUCCGGCCAAGUAAUGGUAAGAAUAAGUAUAGGCCCUUUUUGAUCAACAUUCGGGAGAGGUGAGUGGUUCAAAAUUAAAAGCAUGUUCUUUGUGGAUGAAAGUCAUAGGGGUGGGGGAGGAGAGGUGGGGCGGAUGACCGUCAAAUUUUUUGCAUUGUGGAAAGCUUCACAUGGUUUGGCCACAUAACAAACCUUUCUGAAUUUAAAAGUCAUAGCCGUAGGGAUCAUCUACGAGAUUUUGUCUUCUUUUGUUACCAAACGAGUGCCGAACUGUUCACUCCUCACAACUUCCAGCAAAAGAAGAUAAGUUCUAAAGCGCAUUAGAAGCAUCUAUUGGAAUUUAAAUUCUAAAGGGAAGAUUAUUUCAUAAAAAAUGAUCAAGGCCGAUAAGCAUUUUCUUUUGAUACUAGCAAGCUUUAUCUCUACGAUACCGCUUUUGUGACAGGAAAAUACAGGACAAGGACGCUUGAAACCUUAAAACCCUACAUCUUAAAAUAACGCCGAAUGCUCUCCUGUAUAGGCUGUUGAAUUUGUUUAGUUGGUCACCCUUUGUAUAAGCGCCUACGUAAGGGCCUUCUUACUUUUCUGUAUAGGGUAUUAUCUUUAAAGUUGAUGAAAAGAGUUGUCGCCUGAAAUCAUCACGAACGAACGCAUUAUCACAACGAAACGCUGUAUUUCAUUUAUUCAUUCACGAAUCAUCACAGUCUAAAAUGUAACUGUUUGUUUUAUUAUCAUCGUUUUCUGGCAAUCUUUCAGUCAUUAUAACUGGACUUAAUUUUUACAAUUGUCGUAAAUGUUGGAAACUAAAGACGCAGGACCUUCCGUGUAUCCUUACAAGGAUGCUCGGCAAACUACCCAACAUAAGGCAGUCAGAGUUCUAGACACGAAAUUUAUCAUUUUUUACGAAUUAGAUUUGAAAGAUUAGAAGAAUGUAUUAGAUUGGAAGAAGCUGAAGGAUAAUUGUGUAUCAAUAUAAUUCAAUGAAAUGGAAAUGUAUUGAAUUUGCCUUCCGUUUUUAAUUGAAAAGUAAAAGAAAGAAAGGGUCUAAACGCCAUGUUUACAAAAACAUAUCCAUUUGUAAAGUUUUCUUAUUUAUCAAUUUUGCUUCGUAUUGCAGACUAUAUUUUUGGUUGCUUUCCUUAGCAAAGCUAAACCUCGGCGAUUUUGGAUAAAUUUUCAAUCCCGUCCUUGAUGUUUCAUAAUUUCGUGCCUGACCAAGCUACAUUUGUUUUGGAUAUUUUUUUAGUUGUGAGUCAACUUUCAGUUUAGUAAAAUUUAAUCAAUGCAUAUCCAGCUAAAUUAUUUAUGAUGUAAUUAUCGAAGCAAAUCGAAACCGCCUUUUCAUGACUCACCUGCCAAUAUGAGCUUGUUUAGCAGCAAGUUUUGUAAUGUUGUAAAGGGCAUUUUAUCAGGGAAAGUUUCUAAGGUUGGGAAUGAACUGAGGGGGUUUUAAGCCACGGGUCAACCCGAGGUCAACCACCAAAACAAUUAAAAUUGUUAUUUACACUGAAAUUGAAAAAAUUAUUCACUUCGGUAAUCACAAAGACAACAAUAUUGAACCUUAUAUGACAUCCAUGGAGACGAAGAUAGAUUUUCAGAAAUAAAUAAAUGGGAGAGAGAAUCCUUUCAAUUUUCAGCCUUGGUGUAUGCUUUGUUUGUUAUAGAUUCAAAAAUAUCCUACUCGGCCACCUGGCACUGGACACAUCCAUUAGACAUUUUUCUAGCACUGCACCGCCCCUGUUUAGGGCAUACUGGAAAAACCAGACCCUAUGACCCUAGGACCCCUAUGACCCCUAGGACCUUUAACUGCGAAGAACCAAAAAGGACCCUUAACUACUACAUGAUUUGCGGCUCCCCCAGAGCCAUGCUUUUUAAUACUAUCAUGUUGACAGCUUUGGAAGCAUUCCGACUUUGGCUCAAACAUUGUCAUUUCACGAUCAUGAUCGUCUGUCUCCUGUUCUUUUAUGAGUUCCAGGAGGUGAAUUUCCCACCAAAUUCGCUACGAGUUUGUUUCAAAAGUCCCUUUUGAUUUCUACCAGACUGCGAAAUUAUAUUGUGAUAUCCCCCAAAACUACACAUUUUUAGGCGCCUAUUGCGAAAUAUUUCGCAGAGGUGAAAUUAGAAUUCUGUUCGAAGUCAAAAAUCAAAACUGCGCCCUCCCCCUCGAUAUCUUCACCAGCGAUUUGGCUGCGAAAUUCGCCUCGUGGCAAUUAACCCGUGCAGUGUGUGCUGUAUGGGCGGGGAAGUUAAAGAAGUGCGGAACUUCGGGGAACUUUUUAAUGGAAGACUUUUGAUUUGGGGUUGUGUAAACGCCUUUUAAUAUUUUGACUAAUGGUUUGCCCUGAAUUCUAGUGCUCUGCAGCUGCACCCUGCUCUGCCAACAUUGCCCAUUUAUUUCAACAAUGUACUUCCCUCUAAAGGCCCCCUAAACCCUGGUCUGACAAAUUCCGUUAUCUCAUGCACAGUAUUUGAAGGCUGGAUGAAAUGUUUUUGCUUCUGUUGUCUGGUCAGUUACUUAAAAGUGAUUUUCUAUGCUUGCGUCGAUGGUGUUUUUUGUCAUUAGUCCGUUAGGAUUGGUGUGUACGUCAUUAGUAAAAAGGCAUGGCUCUUCGUAGUUAAUGGUCCUAGGGGUCAUAGGGGUCCUAGGGUCAUAGGGUCUGGUUUUCCAGUAUGCCCCUGUUUAGUUGAGGUCUGUACGUAAGCAGUUUCUAAAGAAUAACAGUUUGUUGACACUCAAUAAUACAAUUUUCUCACAGAAAAUCGAUUUAAUCUCAGUUUAAAACAAAACUUUGUGGUCAAAUUCUGGAGGCGCCACUCUUUGAACAAUUCAAACGCGGGUUGCCCGCAGAAUAACAAUAACAUUGUGGUUUGAAAAAGAGCGUGAAAAUCGCAAUCACAACAUUACCAGACAAUAAGAACAGUGGUAAGUGCAAUGGAAGAAGAGAAAAGGAAUGUUAGUUAUACAGCUCUCAAGCUUUGUCAUGCCAAGAGCCUGCAAGACAUUUCAGAAUUAAAAAAACUUCGUGAAUCUGUGGGCAAGAAUAUUUUGGAAGCGUGCUUGUUGGUUGACAAUCACGAAAGGGAUUUAUCACAGCAUUGCCAGAAUCUUAGGCGUACUCGUCAAAAUUUCUCUAUAUUUGAAAGAAAACUAUCCGAUGCAAGCUUUCAUCCAGUUACUAAGAAAUACCAGAAUGAAAGAUACUAUGUUUCGUUGUCAAGCGGGGAGGAAGGUUCGGGGCUUCCUUCAAAAAACAGAAGGCCUACGGGCUACAAGGGUGACAAGCGAAUGCAAUGCAGUGAUGCGCAAAGUUUGUCAUCAGCCUCGAGUUAUUCACCAAAGGAAUGUCGCAGGAACAGCAUUUGGAAACAAAUAUCUGUGCCAAUUUACGAGGAUAGCAUCGACAGUGGAGUUUAUCUAUCAACCGAUUUCUGCCAAGAGGUUCUGGAUCCCCGAAGUUCUACGUUUUGUUCAGACGACGAGAGGAUUCAAUAUGUAAGCCACAGGUCGCAAAUUCGAAAGGAUCCUGCUAACAGCCCUACAUCUGAUUCGGACACAAUGAGCUCCGUUUCGUGCAGAGCCAGCCUUCCGAUUGGUACAGCAACGCGGGACCGGGUAAACAGUAAAAGUCAGUUUGUGCUAUCAAAUACCUGGCGAAGUACUCCAAAUAUUCUCGAAUGCCAAAGUGAUGGAUCCGCACGGCGUCGUUGCUCACUCACUGAUGCUUCCUUUAGCGAUCAACCCUUUCCGACCAAUCGAAAAACGCGGUUGAUGCCCAGAGAAAACAGGAGUGUUUCAAGAAAAUGUGACUGGAAAAGUAUGCCGGAGCUUGUCUCUUCGAAAAGAAAGGACGAAAAUUGCAAUAAAAAUAAAGUGAAGAAGAAAAAAAGAGGGUUCUUCUAUUUGAUGCGAAGAUUGACAAAGACUGGGGAAUAUGUUUUGAAAGAUGACACGGGUGAAACAAAGCAAUCUCGGAGAAAACGUCAUUCGAAAAAGGAAAAAUGUAGCGGCAAUUGGAGUAUUGGGUCUCCAGCGUUUGGAUCACCCCUGGGAAGAGUAGUUGAAGUUAUCGAAGGCAAGGAAAAUCUGUAUCGAGUUGAGAUAAAGCUGCCAUCUAAUGGCCUGUAUGGUUUCUAUAUACAGCAGGGCUUCAAGAAAAUAAAAAAGGGAAUAUUCAUCGGAUCAUUCGUGAAUGAGCAAACCGAGAAACUGUUUUCAGGAAUCUUGAGACGGGGGGAUGAAAUUAUUCGACUGAACUCGUUAAUUGAUGAUAAGUUAACUUUGAAAAAUGCUUUAGAACUUUUGAGUAAUGAUGAGCUAUUAAGUAUCAUUUUGUUGCCGUAUUCUCAUCGAAAAAGUAGACACUGA